AUGGACUUAGCGAGUGACAUUCAAACCGAUGAUUGGCAAUCAACAAGGGAAACCGUGCGGGAGCGGAACAAGUACAUGUUCUUAAAUCCCACGAUCAGCGAUGUGAGCUUUGUUGUUGAAGAUUCCACCAAAGAUCACGGCACAAAAAUUGCUCUACCAGCACACAAGUAUGUGCUUGCGAUCAGUAGCCCUGUUUUCUUUGCCAUGUUUCAUGGUGGCAUAGCAGAACAAGGAAACAGAAUCGAACUUCCUGAUUGUAACUCUGAGUGCUUGACCGAGUUUCUUCGAUUCAUCUACUACGACGAACUGCAUCUCACGGCAAAUUCUGUGCUCGGUGUUAUGUAUUUAGCAAAGAAAUAUUUAGUGUUGUCGCUGAUGCGGCAAUGUGGCCGUUUUCUCGAAGAAAGGAUCGAUCCGAACAAUGUUUUCGAGACGUUGACCCAGGCACGACAGUUUAGAGAGGAAGAAUUAGAGAAGAGAUGUUGGUUUAUUGUUGAUCUCAACACCAAACAGUGUCUGGAAUCACCUAGUUUUCUGGAACUUGAUGAAGCAGUGAUUAAGUCUUUACUACGCAGGGAAACUUUAAAGAUCGAGGAGUCAGAGUUAUUUGAUUAUACCUUGCGCUGGGCGAAGAAGCAGUGUGAGCUGAAUGGGUUGGACACUUCUGGGGCAAAUAUAAGGAAAGCACUUGGCGAAACUCUGUACUUUCUUCGUUUUCCAGUCAUGUCGCAAAAGAAAUUUGCAGAAGAAGUGGUUCCUCAAGAUGUUUUAAGCGACCGAGAGGCUCUCAAUAUAUUUCUACAUUUCAGCGCCACAAACACCAAACCAGACGUAGUUUUCCCUUGCGUUCCACGCAGCGGAAGGCCUAUGCGACGAUGUGCCCGAUAUUCAGAAGCACCUUCACCACACCACUGGUACAGACCUCCAAGUAAUGGUACAGGACGACGUGAAGAGACAGUUUCAUUCACUGUCAAUUCAGAAUCCCCAGUAUACAUUGCCGGUGGGCGUGUCUUCACCCGCACUUUUGGUUUGUCCGAUGUGGAAAGUCGCAGAGAUAAAGUGCAAUUGUGGAUAAGGGAAGAAAAUUCUCAGCAAAAGUCUCUUGGAUUUACUGAGGGAGAGUUUCUGGCAGAUAACAAUGGAGUUUACAAUGGUGAUGGCAUUGACGUCAAAUUCAAAACUGCUGUACUUGUCAAGAGUGGGGUGAGGUACUCCUUACAGUGUGUGAUCUUUUUCAGUCAGAGUGUGACGUCCAACAAGCACUCCCCUCACAAGGAAGUAGUAGUUGAACAGACUAGGUUUAAAUUUGAAAAUUCGUAUCAUGGAUCACACCUCACUGAGGUCUUGUUCUACACCCCUUGGAUUACACAAUAG